GUUGGAAUCCUACCAGGAAACGAAUUAAUUAACUAGAAUCUAAUUAAAACUCUAUUAAUUCAUUUAUCCAUUAGGAAUAGGAAUUUAAUCAUUAAACGAAUCCUACACGAUUUAGGUUUCGUACGGAAGCACAAACACUCACACGAGCAUGACCUGCAUGCGCAGGCCAUGCCCGCGCAAAGCCCACGGAGCCACGAAGCCCACGCGAGCGCGCUGCAGCCUAGGCGCGCGUUGGGCCUGCCUUGCGGUGGGCCUGGCGCAGCCUUGGGCUGUUUAUGUGGCGUGCCUUGCUUGCUGGACGUGGGCCUGGCUUCGCGCUGGGCCUUCGUCUAGCAAGCUCGUCCGAUGCUAAUUCGUACGACGCGCUUCCGAUUAAUUUCCCGAUUCCGGAAUUCAUUUCCGAUACGAACAAUAUUUAACAUUUCCGAUUCCGGAAUUAAUUUCCGUUUCGAACGAAUAUUUAAUAUUUCCGUUUCCGGAAUUAUUUUCCGAUUCCGACAAUAUUUCCGUUUUAGGUAGUAUUUCAGAUUCCGGCAAUAUUUCCAUUUCCGAUAAUAUUUUCCGAUACGUACCAUGUUUCCGUUUCCGGCAACAUCUACGACUUGGAUAAUAUUUAUAAUUCCGAUACGAUCCAUAUUUCCGUUUCCGGCAAUUUCAUCUUUCCGGAGUAUUCAUUUAUUUGCCUUUGACGAUCUCAGCUCCCACUAAAACCAAGAUCCGCCGAUUCCGAAUAUCCAUAGAUAGAGUACUUAAUGCCAUUAAAUACUUGAUCCUACGUACUAUUUGUGUGACCCUACGGGUUCAGUCAAGAGUAAGCUGUGGAUUAAUAUCAUUAAUCCACUUGAACUGAAGCGGCCUCUAGCUAGGCAUACAGUUCACUUGAUCUCACUGAAUUAUUAACUUGCAUAAUUAAUACUGAACCGCAUUUAUUAGACUUAGCAUUAAAUGCAUACUUGGACCAAGGGCAUUAUUUCCUUCAUGAAUAACCGCCUAUAACCACUGAAUCUUACACCGCUUAACCGCCUGAAACCGCCGCUAUCCUUCGUUGGAUCGUCCUGCACUGCAAUAGCCGGAUUAUGGACGAGCACCCUACGUGAAACUUGCCUGCACCCUAAUCGCCCUAAUCGCCACAAUCGCCCUUUUUCAGCCGGAUUAUUAUUGAGUUAAACUGAAUUGAAUUAAACUGAAUUUAGUUUAAUGCUCCUGAACUGAACUGCAAAAUAAGUCCUGAAAAUGAAAUUAAGCUAAAAAGAACAGGGCCUAAGAAUGUGGAGUGGGCUACGGAACUGAACGGUCUCAUAAUAACUGGACCGUCAGUUUACGACUUGGCCCAAAAAGGAUUAUUAUUAUUAGUCUUGUAACUGAACGGUCUCAUAAUAAGUGGACCGUUAGUUUACAACUUGGCCCAAAAAGGAGGACCCACCCCACGUGUCACGAACCCGAACGGACGGCGGCACACGCGGGAGAUGUCUCUUUCUAGCCCAAACCACUAGGGGAAGUACUUCAAAGUAUAAACAAGACUUCCCUAUAUUUAAACAAGGGAAACAUCCUUUUUCUUUUCAAUGUGGGAGAAAAAAAACACUUUUAAUUAAAUACUAGAGUUGAAGCCCACACUUUUUAUUUCUACCAUUGUGGGACAAAUCCAUUUUGACAAAUGAUAGUGUUAAAGCUUACUAUUCGCAUUAUACUCAACCGAACAUUUAAGAACGCCAAAAAUAGAAACAGAAAGAACAUUUAGGAACGGAGGUAGUAAUUCAUACAUUCAAAAACAGGGGAAAAUAUGGAAUAGCAUGGGCGUUACAACAAGAUACCCUCCUUCUUCACAGGGGACAUCAACACUUGGCUGAUACGAAACAUCAAGGCUGAAGACCUAAUCCAUUCAGAAAAAUGGACAAUUUGUUUUGUCCUCACUCUAUGGUGGUGCUGGAAGUGGAGAAAUUGCUCCUACUUUGGUCGAGAUGCUAAAAUCCCCAUUGAUACAGGUGCCUUCAUCCGAGGCAAAGUGGAUGAAACAUGGGAAGCUACGUUCACAAUUGACAACUUUAAAACUUUGCUCAACGGAACCAAUGCAAAGAAGGAGGUUCUAAAUUCGUUGGUCAGCACCACCGCUUGACUGGCUACUGUUAAACACAGAUGGUGCCUCCAAGGGUUCGCCUGGACCAGCUGGUGGAGGGGGAGUAAUACGCAACUGCAGGGGUAUCUUUUCUCGUGGGUUUGCGGAAAAUUUUGGAAUGUGCAGUGCCUUCAAAGCUGAACUAUGGGCAGCAGAAAUUGGGCUCGCAAUGGCAAGAGACAUGAACAUCACCAAGCUAGUGUUGCAUAUGGAUUACCAAGCGUGUGUAGAAGCCCUCAAGAAUCAAGAAUAUCAAGGCGGAGAAUGCCUUCACAUUAUUCAGAAAUGUUGUUCUUUAAUUAAGUGUGUAGAUUGGGAAGUUAAAAUAAUUCAUUGUUAUAGGGAAGGCAAUAAGAUGGUGGACAAGCUUGCCAAUGUAGGUGUCAACCUUGAGAACAAACUAGUGUAUUUCGAGGCCCCUCUUUCCAAAAUCAUCAGUCUGUUGUUCGAGGAUUUAGUUGGCGUCUCUACGCCUUGAUUAGUUUAAUGUUUAUAAUUUUCGGGUUUUGAACCCUCUUCGGCAUCAAAAAAAAAAAAGGUUAGGUAUUAAUUGAAAAAAAAAAUUCAAUCCUCCCAACGCUGUAUCAUUCAAACAAAAACCGGAGUCGACCGACCCCUUUGACAAGUGUACGACUACGAGAGGAUCAUUCCUUGGUCGACUCGUCCCCUUUUCUGUUUUGCGGUUUCCCUUUCCCCCUUUCCCCCUCUCCAGUCUCUACUCUCUAGUAGUAGUGUCCCGUUGGCUUAAUUAUACCCGUGAAAUUGAAUGGCAAUCCAAUUUGGUACGAUUUUCUGAUCGAAAUUCUUCGUAUUUCAAUUGGGUCGACAAAUGUGCUGAGCUUCAAUUCUUUUUGUUAAUGGCCUCUCUUCAGCAUCCUUUGGAGCUACACUAGAGCAAGUUAACAUAAAAUAGAGUGCCAUGGCCAUGGGAGUUACUGGUGGACAAAAGCUUUCAGGUUUACAGAAGCAAGUCCUGAAUCUUUACAGAGGCUUUUUGCGAGCAGCACGUAACAAAUCAUUUGAAGAUCGCCAUCAAAUUGAAUUGAUUGUAUCUGAAGAGUUCCACCGCAAUUCCAAGCAAGUCGAUCGCAAGGAUUUUGUUUACAUAGAAUACUUGCUUCGACGUGGUAAAAAACAACUUGAUCAGCUCAAGAAUAGUGAUACUAUAAGUUUGUCAUCCAUGAAGGUUAGUGGGGCUGAGAGUAAAGUUCAGUAGGUCUGCAACUGAUGCCAUUGACUUCAAUAGGAAGCUAGUUAGUGAGUAACUAAGUUUUGAAAGUCAAGUAUUUAAAGUUACAUAUUGUUUACUAAAGUGGCAACACAGGUAGUAAUUUGCAUAGCAAUAAUGGUUUUCUAACUCAACAGGGAAUACAUGUACUUUAUUACGGAGUAGUAUUCAGUCAAAUAGUGAACGAUUAACAGAAUUUAGAAUUGUCUUAUCUAGAUAGAGUGUUUGUGCAUCAUCAACGUAGAUGGCUGGAUAGAGCAUUUUAUCUUUAUGUUUACAUGUUGA